AGAGAGACGUCAGUCUGAACAUUGCUUCGAUCCUGUCGUGACGUCAAGAUAUAGUCACCUGACUUGUUGUGGAAACUGAUGGAGGCGUAGCCGCGUUGAGAGAGAUUUGAAGUGCAUUUUGUUUCAGGAACCUAAAGGUAAAGCAACAACAUGGGGUCGUUAUUUAGAAGCGAAGAAAUGACUCUGUGUCAAUUGUUUCUUCAAAGUGAAGCAGCCUAUGCAUGUGUUUCUGAAUUGGGAGAACUAGGAUUGGUCCAGUUUCGUGAUUUGAAUCCUGAUGUUAAUGCAUUUCAAAGGAAAUUUGUCAAUGAAGUCCGAAGAUGUGACGAGAUGGAGCGAAAGCUGCGUUACUUGGAGAAAGAGAUUCGGAAGGAUGGCAUUCCGAUGUUGGACACGGGGGAGAGUCCAGAGGCUCCUCAGCCUAGGGAGAUGAUAGACUUGGAGGCAACAUUUGAAAAGCUGGAGAAUGAGCUGAGUGAAGUGAAUCAGAAUGCAGAGGCUCUGAAGCGGAACUUCCUUGAACUCACAGAAUUGAAGCACAUCUUGAGGAAGACCCAAGUGUUCUUCGAUGAGGCUGAUCAGAGCUACCAACCCACCUACCUUGCGUACCCGCAGAUGGCUGACCCGAGUCGCGAGGAAGAGCAGGUCACACUUCUGGGGGAAGAAGGGCUUCGGGCCGGCGGACAAGCUCUCAAACUCGGGUUUGUAGCUGGAGUUAUCCUCAGAGAACGCAUUCCAGCUUUCGAGCGGAUGCUGUGGAGGGCAUGCCGUGGAAAUGUGUUUCUUCGGCAAGCUGAGAUAGAAACACCACUUGAAGACCCAUCUAAUGGGGAUGCAGUCUACAAAUCAGUAUUCAUCAUCUUCUUCCAAGGAGACCAGUUGAAGACAAGAGUGAAAAAGAUCUGUGAGGGCUUCCGUGCCACUCUGUACCCGUGCCCCGAAGCUCCUGCUGACCGCCGUGAAAUGGCUAUGGGCGUCAUGACGAGGAUUGAAGAUCUCAACACAGUGCUGGGGCAGACUCAAGACCAUCGCCACCGUGUCCUCGUGGCUGCUGCCAAGAAUAUAAAGAACUGGUUUAUCAAAGUGCGGAAGAUAAAAGCGAUCUACUUCACAUUAAACCUGUUCAACCUGGAUGUAACCCAGAAGUGUCUGAUUGCUGAGUGUUGGGUUCCACUGCUAGACCUGGAGACAAUUCAACUUGCUCUUCGCCGUGGAACGGAACGCAGCGGCAGCUCAGUUCCUCCAAUUCUGAAUCGGAUGCAGACAUUUGAGGAUCCACCUACGUAUAAUAGAACAAAUAAGUUUACAAGUGCAUUCCAGACUUUAGUUGAUGCAUAUGGAGUUGCCAGCUAUAGGGAAGUAAAUCCAGCGCCUUACACCAUAAUCACAUUUCCGUUUUUGUUUGCUGUAAUGUUUGGAGAUACUGGCCAUGGGCUACUCAUGGCAUUAUUUGGAUUCUGGAUGGUGCUGAAGGAGAAGCCACUAGCUGCUAAGAAGUCAGACAGUGAUAUAUGGAAUAUUUUCUUUGGUGGUCGAUAUGUAGUGUUGCUUAUGGGCCUGUUUUCAAUGUAUACGGGUCUUAUCUAUAAUGACGUAUUCUCGAAGUCAUUGAAUAUAUUUGGCUCAUAUUGGAAAGUAGAAUACAAUGAAUCAACAUUAAGGCACAGUAAAGAGCUACAGCUAGAUCCUGCAAAAGAGUUUCUUCAAUACCCGUACCCAUUUGGAAUGGAUCCAGUUUGGCAGCUGGCUGAAAAUAAAAUCAUCUUCAUGAACUCUUACAAGAUGAAAAUCUCAAUCAUUCUUGGUGUGCUGCACAUGCUGUUCGGAGUUCUUCUGAGUCUUUGGAAUCACUUGUAUUUCAAAAAUUCCAUUAACAUCAUAUGCGAGUUCGUCCCACAGAUAAUUUUUUUGAUCUUCUUGUUCCUCUACAUGUGUAUCUUGAUGUUUGUCAAAUGGGUGAACUAUGGACCGACAUUUGGUUUCACAGCAGGCCCUGCGUGUGCUCCAUCAAUUUUAAUCACUUUCAUCAAUAUGGUAUUGUUCAAAGGUAGUGUUCCUCCAAAAGGUUGUGAUGAGUUCAUGUAUAGUGGACAGAAAGGCUUGCAGAGGUUCUUUGUUGUUCUUGCUCUACUGUGUGUUCCUUGGAUGCUUCUUGCAAAACCCAUUGUUUUGAUAAUGAGGCACCGUAAAGCCCACCAACCGCUUUCAAGCCAUCCAGUACCUGCAGAGAACGGCAUGGAUGCGGAGGUGGGAUCGAUGUCAGGGACAGCACACAAGGACAGUACAGAUGGGGCUCCCGCGCCGCAGAGCAGUGAAGACCACGACCUGGGAGAAAUCUUCAUCCAUCAGGGCAUCCACACGAUAGAGUACGUGCUAGGCUCUGUCUCUCACACUGCCUCGUAUCUGCGACUUUGGGCACUGUCACUGGCACACGCCCAGCUGUCUGAGGUGCUGUGGAGUAUGGUGAUGAAGAAUGGAUUGGUAGUGGAGGGCUGGACUGGAGGCUUUGCCCUAUGGCUGGUAUUUGCCUUCUGGGCAGUGCUUACCGUGGGCAUCUUGGUGCUUAUGGAGGGACUAUCUGCAUUCCUCCACACAUUGCGGCUUCACUGGGUGGAGUUCCAGAGUAAGUUCUAUGCUGGUGUGGGAUAUUCAUUCCAGCCGUUCUCAUUUGAGGCAAUCCUGGAUUCUGCAUCUCAAGCACCAGAGGAUUAGAAACAGCAAUGCAACCUCUGUCUUCCUGGCUGUGCACUACUUCUAAGUGCUGAGGUUGACACUCUCUUCUCAUUGUGCAGUACUUGUAGAUUAUUGUAAAUGGAUUACCUGUAAUAUUUAGCACAUCUCAUUAUAAACUUUCUAAAGAAUGAGACUUUUCUGUCAUGACCAUUUUUUGUGUAAAGAUAAAUACCACAAAUUUGGUUGCAUUUUGAGAAACUAAUGGUGAUUGUGAAUAGUGUCUGUGUUAAAUUAAUGGUACUGAGUAAUAACUACAAACUGAUGUUCUGUUGACCUUUCGCAGUAUUAGAAUUCCUGUUCAAUUGGUGGCAGACUUCGCACAUAAUAUACAUUCAGAAAAGUAAUGCCAGUCAGUAGAUAGUCUACAGUAAGAUCACUCCCUAAAUCAGUAGUAGUUGUAAAAGAUACAUACUUUAAGAUGAUAAAGUUCAAGCUCUUCAAGCAAAUUCUUUGGAAACUCUGUAGAACGAGUAACCAUGUUUUAAUAUAAUAUUCUGUCAGAUAUGUUUGUGAGAAUAGCCAAAUUCAUUUGAUACAUUCCUCGUGUAGCAGCACAUCAACUGUGAAUAUAUUAUUUUUUCUUUCAAGCUACCAGGAAGAGAUCGAAGUACUUAAGACCAUUCUUGUUCACAUUAUGGGUCCUGUUGACAUAGUAAUUUUAACUAAUGUUUCCAUAAUUUAUUGCAACAGUAGGUAUAAGAGAUGUAUCAUGCUUAUCACAUACAUGACAAGAUGCAGAUUUGAGAUACUCCAGAUAUUUAGUCUACUGGAUAAGUUUAUGCUCAGUCUGUCUGUCUGUAAUAUUGCAUACUGUUUUUAUGUUCAUUUGGAAUAUUAUCAAAUGGACUGCUAGAAGUGGAUUCUGGAAUAUGAAAAUAUUUAUUGUUUGCCUCUAUGACCACUACUAAUUUCGCCAGUGGUAGGCACAAGAUCAAAUAGUAAGUUAAUUCACAUACGUAUGAGAUAAGAGGGGCAGAUUCAAAACAUCAGAGUCCUACUUUAGGGAUGGAGAGAAAUCCUGGUUUACUCUUAUGUUCUGUUAAAGAAAUCAUAUUUUUGAGUGUUGCGCUCUUAGUCUAUGUACACUCUUCCCUGUAUCAAGGCACAAUUUAUGAUAUAGCGUGUUGGGCUCUGAGGUGAUAAAAUUUGUGACAGUAGUUACAACGGAAUUUUUAGCAAAUAUUUCUAAAAUAUAAAUUGACAGUGCCUGCAAUUUACACUUCAGAAUAUUAAGUCGCUCCUUACGUGGAAGUAAUUGCAAUGAUCGAUUUAAAAUUCCCAUGACAGCAGUAAAGAUCUGAUUACAUGUUUAGAAAAAUGUUUACUUAUCAUCCUGUGCUUGUCAGUUACUGUUUAGAAAGGUAGGAGGGUAAAUUGUUCUUUAAGAUUACUAGUUUAGAAAAUUUUUGCAACUAAAUGAAUUGUUAAAUUGGGAAGAUUGAGUUUGUAUUGAGUAUACUGGAAAUAAGUUGUAUGUUACGUGUAUUAUAAAGAAUUGCAUUAAAUUUGUGUUUGACUG